AUGCCCUCCACUCACAACAAAGAUAAACCUUGGGACACGCCUGACAUCGACAAAUGGACGAUUGCUGAAUUUCUUCCGGAAGACAAUGCUUCCGGUUUACCAUUUUCAGAGGAGUCCAGCUUUAUGACUCUUUUUCCAAAAUACAGAGAAGUUUACCUAAGGUCAGUAUGGAACGACGUCACCCGCGCAUUAGACAAAUUCCAUGUAUCGUGCGUAUUGGAUUUGGUGGAAGGCUCGAUGACGGUGAAAACAACGAGAAAAACAUUUGAUCCAGCAGUCAUACUUAAGGCCAGAGAUCUCAUAAAGCUUCUCGCUCGUUCGGUGCCGUUUCCUCAGGCUGUCAAGAUUUUGCAGGAUGACAUGGCCUGCGACGUGAUUAAGAUCGGCAAUUUCGUAAGCAAUAAAGAGCGUUUUGUUAAAAGAAGGCAACGUCUGGUGGGACCAAAUGGUAACACUUUGAAGGCGCUUGAACUACUCACCAAAUGCUAUGUGCUUGUCCAAGGUAACACGGUAAGCGCGAUGGGCCCUUUCAAGGGCUUGAAAGAAGUGCGUCGAGUAGUCGAAGACUGCAUGAAAAAUGUGCAUCCAAUCUACCAUAUCAAAGAACUCAUGAUUAAGAGAGAGCUCGCCAAACGCCCCGAUUUGGCGGAGGAGGACUGGUCGCGGUUUCUGCCCAUGUUUAAGAAAAGAAAUGUCGCUCGUAAAAAGCCUAAGAACGUCAAAGUCAAAGAAACCAAGGUUUACACCCCCUUCCCACCUGCGCAGCUGCCUAGAAAGGUUGACUUGCAAAUUGAGAGCGGUGAGUAUUUCUUGAGCAAAAAAGAGAAAGAUGCCAAAAAGCUAGACGAACGCAAGAAAGAACAGGCUUUGAAGCAAGUGGAGAAGGAAAAGGAGAGAGCCAAAGAUUACGAAGCUCCUUCGGAGUCAGAGUAUCAGGGAUCUUCAAAGAAAAGAAGUAGGAGCGGGGCCGACGCCAAGGAUGAGUCAAAGAAGAAGUCCAAGGCUUGA